CCCACACGGCCCUCGCUGUGUUGCUUGGUGUUGCAGGCGGUAUUCGGGUGGCUGUCUGACCAUUUCUCAGAAAGACUUGUCUGGACACAGAUACGGCGCAAGACUAAUCCAUCUGAGGGAGACGGACAGCGGUCUCCGGUAGCAAAUGUGCAGCAACUUGUAUACUCUCGUCUGUAUGAGUGUUAGGGCGCAUGGCGGACUAUCUUAUAAGUGGGGGCACUGGCUACGUUCCCGAGGAUGGACUCACUGCCCAGCAGCUGUUUGCUAAUUCAGAUGGUCUCACCUACAAAUACAUAUAAAUAAGUUUAACUUUGGGUUGCCUGCAUGUUGUGGCGAUUAUGGAGCAGAAGGAUAGAGCCAGCAGUGAGGUUUCGUCGCGAACUAUUUUACAAAAGAUCCCAGAAUGUGACUUCUUGAUUCUUCCAGGAUUCAUUGACUUCAAUGCUGAUGAAGUGGAUCUGACUUCUGCUUUGACUCGCAAAAUUACAUUGAAAACACCCUUGAUCUCUUCUCCCAUGGACACUGUUACUGAAUCCGACAUGGCAAUAGCAAUGGCGUUGAUGGGAGGCAUUGGAAUUAUACAUCACAACUGCACUCCAGAGUUUCAAGCCAAUGAAGUUCGCAAAGUGAAGAAGUUCGAGCAAGGAUUUAUCACUGACCCAGUGGUUAUGAGUCUCAACCACACUGUAGGGGAUGUAUUUGAAGCUAAAAAUCGACAUGGCUUUUCUGGGAUUCCAGUGACUGAAACAGGGAAGAUGGGGAGCAAGCUGGUGGGCAUUGUCACCUCACGGGAUAUCGACUUCUUGACAGAAAAGGACUACUCCACAUGUUUGAGUGAGGUUAUGACCAAACGUGAAGAACUGGUUGUUGCUCCUGCAGGAGUCACACUUAAAGAAGCUAAUGAGAUCCUUCAGCGGAGUAAGAAAGGAAAACUUCCAAUUGUAAAUGACAGUGAUGAGCUGGUUGCCAUUAUUGCCAGGACUGAUCUGAAGAAAAACAGAGACUACCCACUGGCGUCCAAGGACUGUAGGAAACAAUUGCUAUGUGGGGCAGCCAUUGGAACAAGAGAAGAUGACAAAUACCGACUAGAUUUACUCAUGCAAGCUGGCGUGGAUGUCGUUGUCCUUGACUCUUCACAGGGGAAUUCAGUCUAUCAGAUAAACAUGAUCCAUUACAUUAAACAAAAAUACCCUGAGCUACAAGUAGUUGGAGGAAAUGUGGUUACAGCAGCACAGGCUAAAAAUGUAAUUGAUGCUGGUGUGGAUGCUCUGCGUGUAGGGAUGGGCUGUGGAUCCAUAUGCAUCACACAAGAAGUAAUGGCUUGUGGUAGGCCUCAAGGAACAGCCGUAUACAAGGUAGCAGAGUAUGCUCGACGGUUUGGCGUUCCAGUCAUAGCUGAUGGAGGUAUCCAGACAGUGGGACAUGUGGUGAAAGCUUUAGCUCUUGGUGCAUCUACAGUAAUGAUGGGCUCCUUAUUGGCGGCCACUACAGAGGCUCCAGGUGAAUAUUUCUUCUCUGAUGGUGUGAGACUCAAAAAGUAUAGAGGCAUGGGCUCACUGGAUGCCAUGGAAAAGAACACAAGCAGCCAGAAAAGAUACUUCAGUGAAGGCGAUAAAGUAAAAGUGGCCCAAGGAGUUUCUGGUUCUAUUCAAGAUAAAGGAUCUAUACAUAAAUUUGUACCUUACCUUAUCACAGGUAUUCAGCAUGGCUGCCAAGACAUAGGGGCUAAGAGCCUUUCCGUUCUUCGCUCCAUGAUGUAUUCAGGGGAACUCAAGUUAGAAAAGAGGACCAUGUCUGCUCAAGUAGAAGGAGGAGUCCACGGUCUUCAUUCCUUUACAUUUCUGCAAUAUACGAGAAGCGUCUGUACUGAGACUAGUAGGCGUAACCACCGACAGUCAACUCCCAACAUUCCCAGCCUGGUGCAAUCCAAACCUUCUAAGCAUUGAAUAACCCACUUAUGUACUUAGCAUUUGCUCCCCUUCUCCCUGUCCUGAAUAAUGCAGGAAAUCCAGCUCGGCAAUGUUUACUGACUCACCACAUGGCAUGUAUUUGCACUACAGAAAGCUUUCCAUGGAGUGUGUGAAAGACUUCAAGGGUUGAGAACAGUGUUACUACUAGCAUCCAAACAAUGUUAUUUGUAAUUGUGAUGAACAAGCUUGAUUAAAUAUAUUUAUUGAAUCUUCAACAGAGCUUUUUGUUGACCUUGGUUAUGCCUACAGCCUGUUGCUGGGUAAGCCCGUUUGCAGGCACAUGGCUUGGCUACACACUGUUGUAGGUUAUACCAACACACAAAGGGUUACAUGAUAGAUUGCAAUAAUGUCUCUUCAUUCUCUCAAUCCAUGACCUUUAAAAUGUAUAAAGAAGGGUAGUAAACAACCUUUUUGAUAAAUGUGCUUUUUGUACAUAGUUCGUUACAUUCACGCAGCAUAAACCAAUCAAAUUUAAAGGAUUUCUCUCAAAUGCUCCAAUGAACUGAAUAUCGACCAAGCUGUGCAGCAAUACACCAAAUGAACCAUUGUUACUGUGCCAUUAGACCUGUGUUUAUUUCUCUUAGUUGAAGAUUGUUCCUUUUAUAUGUAUUUUUCCUGCAGCAUCAUCAUCAUGAUGCCUUCACAAUGUCUGAAGAACUUACUGUAGUAUCUUUCUCCAAGCCACAAGCCCACCUUUUAGAAAAAUGGUGUCAACUACAGUUAUCAGUAGCUUUGGACCUUGCUCCUCAGUGUGCUGGCAGUUAGGUGACUAUAGCUGCUGUUCUAUUAAGUGAGAACUAGUCCAUUUACACAGUAAGCGACACAGGUAGUUAUUUUAUUCAUUGAUAUAGGUGUGUGCUCAUUUAUGCUUGUUUGCAAAUUCCGCUUCUGCUUGGGCACACCAAAGCUGAGCCUAAAUGUAAGAUAUCUCAUGUUUACAAAGGUUUGCUGCUGCCUGUACUGGAAAAUUUCAGUUUUUUUCUCAUUCGGCUAAAGGUAUCGUAAUUUCUCGUGUAUGAGCCUCUCAAACACCUGUCACAAAUCUCAUUCAUUGAAAGUGGUCAGUUUGGAUCUUGUACAGAGGUUAAUAAAGUUUUGAUGUUUACCCAAA